UUCUUCCUCAGCAUAGUGUCAUGUGAAUUAUUUUGAUCAUGCAUACAUAAAUAAGCAAAAUAUAGGAUCUGGCUAUCUUGUUAUCUUCAGGGAAGGCAUUUUGGAAGGAGGUAGUACUGCUUGGAACGAAGAUGGUGUGCCGAAUCUCGUGGAACAGUGGAUCAGAGACUCGAAUUUUGACACUCGAAGCGACGCCGUUGUCGAGCCGUCUGACGAUGAAAAAAGCAAUGGCACUAUCGACUUGGAUAGCACCAUCGAUCUAACCGAUGAAGGAGUGGGAAGCAUCAGCCAUUCCGCUGCAACCGACGAGAACGAGAAAAGCAACAAAAGUCACAGCGCUGUGGAGAAAUCGGAUGAAAACGGGAAUUGCAACAAUGCUAAUGAGCCAUCCGACGAAAAGAAAAUCAACAACGACGCUACCGAGGAAAGUGCAAACGAUGGGGACCCUGUUGCAUCUUCUGAGAAAAAAGCAGAUGGGAACAACGACGCUAACUUACUCGAUGACGAUUUGGACAGCAGCAAUAUUUUGUCGCCUAGCCAUGACGAUGCCAGAGACAUCAAGGGCGGUAGCGAUUGUAACCCUGCCGAUGAAGAUGACGAGAGCGUCAGGACCAGUGACACUCCCUGGCCUUUCGAU